AUGCCGAAGUCAUUCAACAAGGUACACAAGCAGAUCUCAAAGAAGCGGGGGGUGCUUGAGGGGCUUCAUGAAAACAGUCGAGAUGCGAAGAGAUUGCACCGGGCCAAUUCAAGAGACGAUCGAGUGGCUCGGAUGCACACCAAGAUGGCCAGAGGGAGGAAUUCAUACCUUGACCGCAUACUCUACUUUCAAGAGCAUGUCCCCGAGGGAUCAGGGCCGUUUUCCGACGACGAUAUCAGAGAGUUGGUGACGAGACACAUCAACCGCGACGUCCCCGAGAUCGAGCAAUUACAACACGAACGGCGCAAAGGUCGCCCCCCAUCGAAGCGUGAAGAGGCCCUGCUACAACGCACCGACACUGAGAAUAAAGAGCUGAAGACCGGGUUUUGGAUGCCUGACUUGAGCAACGAAGAUGUGGUGAAAGUGCUCCCCCGAUGGAACCAAGUCUGGUCGAGUCUCAGUGCGAUGAAGUUUAUCCGGUUUACGCACGACGGCGGGAAACAACCUUCGACAUUUCCUCCAAAGGGUCUUUCUUGAUUUGUCUAUUGAUUUCCUUUUGAAAAACGGUGGCUUUCGUUGAUAUCCAUACUGCUAUGAUGCGGAGUAUAUGAUUGAUGGGACAUAGACGGCGUACAAAAGUACAUUAUUUACAGACUAUAUGAAAACUAUCAUGCCAUUGUAAAUAAAUGAACAGCCAAAAUAUAAUAAAAUAAGGGAAACACACCUUUUCCAG